CGUGGUUAGCGGAUGCCAGCAGAGCCAGGCAUUGUGCAAAGCUUGUUCGUUUAGAGCGUUUGACAACGUCGCAUGCGCGCUAAGCAGAUUUUUAAAUUUCGCAAACUAAGUCUACGUCCAGAAGCCCCUAAACCGUGCUAGAGACACCAAGAGACAAAAGAAUUUAAAAAUGGCGGCCGUGAACGGAACCCAAACAGAUUAUUGGAACUUUUUGUUCAUUGAGCUGGCAGAUCCGCGCACCAAUGACUGGUUCUUGAUCAAAUCCCCGUUGCCCCUGCUCACCAUUCUGGGCUUCUACCUCUACUUUGUGCUCUCAUGGGGUCCGAAGUUCAUGCGCGACCGCAAGCCCUUCAAGCUGGAGCGCACGCUCCUGAUCUACAAUUUCUUCCAAGUGGCGCUCAGCGUGUGGAUGGUGUACGAGGGCGUGGUUAUUUGGCGCUAUUAUAGCUGGCGCUGCCAGCCAGUCGACUGGUCGCGCACCCCAAAGGCUUAUCGGGAAGCACGCGUGGUCUAUGCCUACUAUCUGGCCAAGAUUACUGAACUGCUGGACACGAUUUUCUUCGUGCUGCGCAAAAACGAUCGCCAGGUGACCUUCCUGCAUGUCUACCACCACACAGUGAUGCCCAUGAUCAGUUGGGGCACCAGCAAGUACUAUCCUGGCGGCCAUGGUACGUUUAUUGGCUGGAUCAACUCUUUCGUGCACAUCAUUAUGUACUCGUACUACUUCCUUUCUGCUUUCGGACCGCAAAUGCAAAAGUAUCUGUGGUGGAAGAAGUACAUCACAAAUCUGCAAAUGAUCCAAUUCUGCUGCGCCUUCCUCCAUCAAACCCAAUUGCUUUACACCGACUGCGGCUAUCCCAGAUGGACGGUCUGCUUCACCCUGCCCAAUGCCGUGUUCUUCUACUUCCUGUUCAAUGACUUCUACCAGAAGUCCUACAAAAAGAAACAGGCGGCCAAGACGUUAACCACGGCCGACAACAACAACGAUAGCUGUGCUAAGAAUCUGAAUGCCGAGGGCAAGAGUCUGGAGAAGACGCUUCAGCAGACGGCGGCGCAAAAGAAGGCGCUGUAAGCUGCAGCAGCGAGGGGCGCUGUUCACCAUCCAAAUACUCGUACAAAGCGGGAUACACAGAGACAAAGAAACUCACACACACACACACACACAAACAUACACACACACACACACACACAAACAUACACAUAGAUAGACACGCAGAGUUAGCCAGAGUUGAACUUUUCUCGAAACAGGGCGCGUUUGUUCUACAAUAUGUGCAAUUUGUUAACUAAUUUGUUAAGUAAUCUGCCGCCAAAAAAGACAUAAAACAGCUAAAACAAAUCUAAACUAAAAAAAGAACUAAUAAGAAAAGACAAAAGAAAAUAUUGAUACGAAGACACGAAAAAAAGUUCAAGCUAAUAUUGUAUGUAAACAGUUUAAUGCUUUUGCAGCCGAACGCUUUGUUUUUAUGUAGCGUGACACGCUUUGUGCUUUGCUUUUGUUGUUGUUGUCCAGCUGACCAAUCGAAUGGGGCCUGCCUGAGGCCAGUGUAGGCAAGAGGAGGCGUGGAGGGCGUGGAGCAGAGGAGAGCUGACAAAAAGAAUAAUGAAUCACAUGAACAGUGACCAUUUAAUAUUCGAUUCGUUCAAACUGAACUUAGUUAAGUGUAAAACAAGCGUUAGUUGUGUAAAUAAGUGCAUGUAUGUUGUCAUAAGAUUUUAUAUACCGGUAUAUAUGUAUGUAUAUGUAAAUGUAGAAUGUAGGCCUAAACGUAAACGAACAAGUACACAUAAAAUAACAA